AUGACAAAAUCACCUCAAGACUUGCAGAUCGCCAUUCUGGGCGCUGGUAUGGGCGGUUUGACCUCCGCCCUUGCCCUUGCCCAGCAAGGAUUUAAGAAUAUCGAUGUCUACGAGCAUGCCAGUGACCUUGGAUUUGUGGGUGCUGGAAUUCAAUUGGCACCCAACAUGGCACGAGUCUUGGAUGGACUCGGUGUUUGGAAGGGAAUUGAGGCCGAGGCUGUGAACAUCGAGGAUACUUCAGUGCGAGAUGGUGCCACGGAUAGUGAACAUGCAUACGUUGAUUUGAGAUAUAUUGAAGCAACAUACGGAUAUAAGCACAUGGUUGGUCACCGUGCAUCUCUUGCAAAUGGACUAUACGAAGGCUGCAAGAAGCACCCUUCUAUCAAGUUCCACUUCGGAAUCAUCGCUGAAAAUGUGGAAUCUUUCGGUCCCCGGCCAUCAUUCACAGCCAACCCCCGCGCGGAAGGAGUCGCUCCAUACAAGGUGGAGUCCGACGUGCUUCUCGCAGCCGACGGUAUCAAGAGCGUGACCCGCGUCGAGAUGCUGAAGCGUCUGGGAGUUGACGUUGGUGUGAAAGACACCCAGCAAGCAGCCUACCGAAUCAUGAUCCACAAGGAGCAGAUCAAGGACGACCCUGAGCUGCUUGCACUCAUCAACAGCAACCGCGUUACCAGAUGGAUUGGCGCAAAGCGACACAUCAUCGCUUACGCAGUCUCCAACAAUACCAUCUACAAUCUCUCCACCACUCAGCCUGACACCAAUUUCGCGGCCGCCACCAACGCCACCUACACAACAAAGGGUUCGAAGCCUGCCAUGAUGGGCGUUUUCUCUGAUUUCUGCCCCAUGGUUCAGCGAUUGCUGAACUACGUACCGGAAGGCGAAGUCUGCGAAUGGAAGCUUCGUGUCCAUGACCCCCUUCCAACAUGGGUGCAGGACUCUGUCGCUCUCGUCGGCGAUGCCUGUCAUCCAACCCUUCCUCAUCUGGCUCAAGGAGCCGCCCAGGCUAUUGAGGACGGUGCGGUUCUUGGCGUCGUUCUGUCCAAGCUUCCUGAUACCACACCCGAGUCUAUCAACAAGGCUCUUCGGGUGUAUGAGAAAGUCCGAAAGAGUCGUGCCGAGGCACUCGUGGAGAUGGCCACUGCAUCUGGGCGUGCUUUGCACCUUGGUGAGGGUGCUGCGAAGGAGGAGCGUGAUAAGCAAUUCGCUGCUCUGCGUGCUGGAAAGGGUCCCGUUCCUGAUAAGUGGGCUGAUGCGGAUGUUCAGCGUGAGAUUUACGGCUUUGACUGUACAAAGGUUGCUGCCGAUAACUUUGAUGAGUACUUUUCACAGAUGUAA